CCGGGAGGCGGGGCCAGGGGGCGGGCGGGCGCGUCGGUGAACCGCAGGGUCCUAAGGCACCUGUCUACCUCUAUCAUUUUUUUUUCUUCCACUUUUAGGGUCUUGGCCAAAUUGGGCGAGGGCACAAAAUAACCACUUACCCCUUGUCGCCGAGGAGGAGCGGGAGAAAAGGCAUGGCACAGUCUCAAGGCUGGGUGAGAAGGUACUGCAAGGCCUUUUGUAAAGGCUUCUUUGUGGCAGUGCCUGUGGCGGUGACGUUCUUGGACCGGGUGGCCUGCGUGGCAAGAGUGGAAGGAGCAUCAAUGCAGCCUUCUUUGAAUCCCGGGGGAAGCCAGUCAUCAGAUGUGGUACUUUUGAACCACUGGAAAGCGAGGAAUUUUCAAGUUCAGCGUGGUGACAUUGUGUCAUUGGUGUCUCCUAAAAACCCAGAACAGAAAAUCAUUAAGAGGGUGAUUGCGCUGGAAGGAGAUAUUAUAAGAACCAUGGGACACAAAAACCGGUAUGUCAAAGUUCCCCGCGGUCACAUCUGGGUCGAAGGUGAUCAUCACGGACACAGUUUUGACAGUAAUUCCUUCGGACCGGUGUCCCUGGGACUUCUGCAUGCCCACGCAACACAUAUCCUGUGGCCUCCAGAGCGCUGGCAGAAAUUGGAGUCUUUUCUUCCCCCAGAGCGCUCACCCAUGCAGAGUGAGGAGGAGUGACUUCCGGGUGCAACUGAGCUGCUGGCACUGGCGCUACAGGAGCAGGGGUGCAGAAGAGGAACCUGCAAAGGGGAAGAGCUCUCACAUUAUGAUGCUGUGGGAGACACAGUUAUAUCAUGUAUUCUUAAGGGGAAAUUAAAAAUAUUAAACAGUAGUAAAUGACA